AUGGAGACGGAGAGAGCUAGUAGACUUCUUCGAGAGCCGCCCCUCGCUGUGCAGUAUCGAUCCGAGUUUAGCUUCCUGUCUCUGCGUCGAACCGUCGAGAGCAUCGGAGGCCUCUCUUCUUCUCUGAAGCCAACGACGACUGUGGUGGUGGCGGCAUCGAAGCGGAGACGGCAAACGAGUCGAAAGCUUUAUAACAGGAGAAAAGAGAGAGAGAGAGAGAGAGAGAGAGAGAGAGAGAGAGAGAGAGAGAGAGAGAGAGAGAGAGAGGCAGGAGCAAGUGCUGCUGACUGGCUCCCGCUCUCGUCGUGUUUUGGCGGAUGGAGGGGGGAUAGAUUGGUGGAGAGUGAUGGUGUGACGGAACGAACGGACUGA